AGGUAUUGACACACUCGCCGGAGUCUUUGGGCGCGUCAUGGCAAUGCUCGGGGUGCGUGAUCGGCGCUCGUCUUUGGCCUUGUUCAUGUGUUGGUAUGCGAUGGUUUCUUCGUUUGUUUGCACAUUAGGCGCUGACACGGGAAGCGUUUUACAAGCAACGGCCACCAAUUCCCGGCAGCUAUCAAAUCGGGAUGGAAUUCUAUAUCCAGGCAAACUACGAACUUUUGCGCAUCGAGGCGCCAAGCAUUUCCUUCUUAUUCAUACACCCAAGGCUGCCGGGGAUUCCUUCCUCAAAGAUGCUCCUCGUGUGCUGCCACGAGGCAGCACUUUGGUGGGAAACGGCGAGGAUUGUUGGCAAGGCGGCCACGGAGAAGGUCAAGCCCUUGUUAUGUUCUUUCGGCAUCCGCUGAAGCAUGUACUCUCGCAGUUCCUACAUUGCAAGCAUGAAGGAAGGAAUUACAUGACCAGGUGGAGUUGGCAAGCGUUUGAUGGAUUAUACGGGGGGUUGAAAGAGUGGCUUGGUAACUGGUCGGGGCCAGUCAUCCAAAAUCUGACACGGAGCUUUGUACUGGGUUGCUACAACCCCUGGAACCAACAAACCAGACAUUUGACAUCUGCGAACAGUUUUCACCCUUUUCACUGCAACGGCUUUGAUGCGCUGAUGCAACGGCAUCCGGAUUUCGAUCAGGCAGCAAGGCACAUGGACGAGCUUCAUUUUGUCGGAAUGGUGGACUUGUACACCGAGUCACUCUGCUUAUUUGGAUUCUUCGCGUCGAGCACACUACCUGAGGGCUGUGCUUGCGAAACCCACGCCCACUUCAACGUGACACAUCAUGCCCACGGGGUGCCCGCGCAUGAGCUGAGAGAUGUCGAAGACGAGCUCCAAAAGACCAUGGCCGAAAUGGUGCAAACAGAUCAGCGUAUUUUCCGCCUCGCUCUGAAGCGGUUCAAGUGGCAGGCUAGGUACGUUGAAGAUGUGUCUGGGGUGCAAGUACUAUGUCCGGAGAAGAUUCAGCGUUUAGAGGAGGACGUUGAUACGAUUGAAGAGAUGAUGGCUCCCAGGAGUGGUGCACCAUUGCAACCGAGCAGUUCCCCGAGUGUGUCAAUUACGCGUAACCCUCCAUUGACAAGGACGGCCAACGUGAAAGAAAGCUGUCUCACCGGCAGCUUGACGUUCAAUCUCACAGGCGCUUUGUGUGGAACUUUUGGAGCUGCUACGGGGCUGUGUCUGGCAAUGUGCACGCGCAGGUGGCGAGUGCUCGCGUGAUGGGCGAUCGAAGAUCAAAUGUCAGUCGCAAGAAACGCGUGUCACGUGUACACUCCUCGGCUUGCAAGAGCAGAAAA